UGCAGCCUCGCCUCUUGACCUCAACCACUUUCAUCCCCCUCCAGCAUCCAGCCAGCUGCAUUUCCGGCUGACUGGCGAACACUGCAUCCGUUGCGUCGGCACCCUGCCCUCCCCCUCCGACCGCAGCCUCCUCCCACCGCGUAAUGGGAAGAGACCCAAAGCAAUACAUCGUCGCUCUCGUUGGUCUCUACGCCGUAUUCCACCUCGUCACCCAAGCCUCGAACCCGGCCGCCGUUUCCAGGCACGGCAGCGGCGCCCAGUCGCCAAAUUCCAACGCGCCAUGGCGGCCCCAAAGAUGACCAAGAACCAGAUGCGGAGGGCCAAGAAGAAGGAGCAGAAGAAGGCAAAGGCACAGGGAGCGGAACAGCAGCAAGACGAAGCCGCUCCCGCCGUAGAAGACGAGCACGCAGUCAAGUCUGACAAGCAUCGCGGCGACGCCGAUGGGCCCGCGGAUGCCGAGGCCGAUGCGGCUGAGGUCGCCGUUACGGUGGAGAAGCCAGGCCUCGAAGAGGUCCUGGGCGACGACGAUGCCCUGGCUGCCUACAGAGACAUCUUCUCCAAGUUUGGUGCGUCCGUCGACGGAGACAACAUUGCCAAGGAAGCCAACGCCGGCAACCAAGGCGACGUCUUCUUCGACGAUGACGACGAUAUUCCCGACGAAGACGAGGAAACCACGGGCAGAACAAAACUCUCCAAGAAGAAACGCAAGCAGCUCCGGACUCUCUCCGUUGCCGAGCUCAAGAGCAUGGUCAACCACCCCGAGGUGGUUGAGUGGCACGACGUGUCGUCGCUGGACCCGCGCCUGCUCGUCCAGAUCAAAGCCCAGCGAAACAUCGUACCCGUGCCGUCGCAUUGGUCGCUGAAGCGCGAAUACCUCUCUUCGAAACGUGGCAUCGAGAAGUCGGCCUUCAGACUGCCCGCUUUCAUUGCCGACACUGGCAUCUCGGAGAUGCGAGACGCCGUUCUCGAGAAGGAGGCAGAGCAGAGCCUCAAGCAGAAGCAGCGCGCUCGCGUGCAGCCCAAAAUGGGCAGGCUAGAUAUUGACUAUCAGAAACUUUACGACGCAUUCUUUCGCUUUCAGAUCAAGCCAGAGCUGACGCGCUACGGAGAGGUCUACUACGAGGGCAAGGAAGCCGAGGUAGACUAUCAGCACUUUCGGCCCGGUGACCUCGGCGAGGCGACCAAAGAGGCUCUCGGGAUGCCGCCCGGCGCCCCCCCGCCCUGGCUCAUCAAUCAACAACGCGUCGGACCUCCCCCCUCGUACCCUACCCUGAAGAUUCCCGGCCUGAACAUCCCACCCCCUCCCGGUGGCACCUGGGGCUAUCACCCUGGUGGAUGGGGCAAGCCCCCUGUCGACGAGCUGAACCGCCCGCUUUUCGGCGGUGAUGUCCUAGGCCUGAAUACCCAACAACCUGCGCCGCCUCAAGCGGGACAGCCCGAUCAGCCCGUCGUUGAGCCCGUCGAGCGAACGCUGUGGGGCGAGCUACAACCGCGCGAGGAGGAGUCCGAAGAAGAAGAAGAGUCGGAUGAGGACGAGGACGAGGGCGACGAGGAGCGAGAAGAAGACAUUGGUGGAGAGGAGGAUAUUGGCGGCCUGGAGACGCCAGGCGGAUACGCUAGCACCGUUCUGCCGAACCAGGGCACUGAGACCUCCAUGGCUGGAGACUUCGACCUGCGCAAGGAGCGUUCCGGAUAUGGCACAGAGACGCCGUCCGGGCGCGCCGCAUACACGGUCCUAAAGGAGCAGAAGGCACAGGGCAGCAGCGGUGGACUCUUCGGUGUCGGCCACCAGUACGACCUGAGCUCGGCGCAGCACGCCAACAUCCCCGUCCUCGGCGCCGAGGACGACUCGCGAAAGCGCAAGAAGCCCGGCGACGUGGACGUGGCUCUCGACGUCGACUCGCUCGGCCAGCACGACGGGCUCAACAAGGACGCCCUCCGGCAGAAGUUCGAGGAGGGUAGUCGGCAGCAGGGCGUAGGUGCCAACUGGCAGCACGACGAAGACCUGGCCGACAUGAUUGCUGAGGAGAGCCGCAAGCGGCAGAAGACGGAGAGGGAGCGCAGCGACCGCCGCAGGGAGGCCCGCGGUCGCCACUGAGCGAAGGGCUUGGACGUUGGCGCCCACGGCAAGAUGUAUGUUGCGAUCCUUACCGAGCUUUGUUCUCGCAUUUGGCGUCUGGGGUUUUGGGCUUCCUUAUAAGGUGUGGGGGGAUGUUUUGCAUGGGAUCGGAACGGUUGAAGCUCAAGGGCAGGCAGGGGAACAUCGCGUUUGGUCAAAAUGGGAACCGUAGAUCAUGCAUGCAGAGAGAGAGAGAGAGAGAGAGAGAG